AUGGGAUGGUUGUUAAAGAAAAUCCUUAAACUAAGAAACAACAUUGCAGAAGUAUUUGAUAUUAGUUGGGGAGACGGAAGAAACACACUAUUUUGGCAUGAUCCCUGGUAUGAGAACCAACCGCUAAUCAAUAAAGAGGAAUUCAGAAACGUGAGGAUCAAACAUGACUAUUUAAACGCAAAGAUCAGAGACAUUAAGAAUGGGCUAUGGAAUUCGCUUCUUAGGCGAAUACUGGAGAAGCAGCAAAUAGUAGAUUUGGCUGAUCUGGUCUGGUUAUCAAAAGUCAUUCCGAGACAUCAAUUUAUCCUAUGGCUUGCAUUUAAGGAAAGUCUAAACACAAGAUAUCGGGUAAAGAAGUACAUGGAGAUCCCAAAUACAAGUUGUCUACUAUGUGAAGAAAAUGAAGAAACAACUGAUCACUUAUUUAGUUGUCCUUUUGCAUUGGAGCUAUGGAAGAAAUUUGCCAAAAGCAUGAAAAUGGCUAGCCUACAUACGGAAUGGAAAGAGAUCAAAAAGGAAGCCAUACUCAAAGCAAAUGGGAAAAACUUCAUGUUAAGUGUUUUCAAAACCGGUUUCGGUACAAUAGUCUAUCACAUUUGGCGAGAAAGGAACGCAAGGAUGCACUCGAGAAUAAGAAGAAGUGUAGAUGAGACAUGGGAAGACAUUGUAUUUGACAGCAGCACAAAUCUACAAACGCUGAGAUGA